UUAUCUUGCAGAAGGGUUUCCAUAUUGAUCAUCAAUGGCAGCUCGCCUAUACUUUUGGUUUUCUUUGAUACCUAUUUUCUGGCUGUGCCCCAUAUUGACAGAAACUCGUAAUUACAUUGUCCACAUGAACUCAGCUGCCAUGCCAAAGCCUUUUGCUAGCCGCCAUAGCUGGUACUCUGCCACCAUUUCCUCUCUUCUACAUUCUUCUUCUUCUUCUUCUUCCUCUUUCCCAUCCAAAUUGAUCCAUACUUACAACCAUGCAAUUAGUGGUUUCUGCGCAAGUCUCACACCAUCCCAGCUUGAGGCUUUGAAAAAUUCCCCUGGCUAUCUCUCCUCUGUUCUUGAUUCAUCAGUUCAUGUUGACACAACUCAUUCCUCUCACUUCCUUGGUUUAAGCUCCAACCAUGGUCUCUUGCCCAUCUCUAAAUAUGGUAGUGAUGUUAUAAUUGGGUUUGUGGAUACUGGAAUUUGGCCUGACAGUGAGAGCUUUAUUGAUGAUGGGAUGUCCGAGAUUCCAUCUAAAUGGAAAGGAGAAUGUGAGAGUAGUACUCAUUUCAAUGUCUCCUUCUGCAACAAUAAGCUGAUUGGAGCUAGGUUCUUUAACAAAGGACUAAUUUCUGGGUUACCGAAGGCAACGAUAUCUAUUAAUUCUACACGUGACACCAUCGGUCAUGGAACUCAUACGUCCACCACUGCAGCAGGAAGCUACAUCAAAGAGGCGUCGUUUUUCGGUUAUGGUCGAGGAACUGCAAGAGGUGUGGCUCCAAGAGCACGAGUGGCAAUAUACAAGGCCAUAUGGGAAGAAGGUAAUUCUGUAUCAGAUGUAGUUGCUGCCAUCGAUCAAGCAAUUUCAGACGGCGUAGAUGUCAUAUCCUUGUCGAUCGGCAUUGACGGUGUUCCAUUGUACGAUGAUCCAGUUGCUAUAGCCACAUUCGCUGCUGUCGAGAGAGGUAUUUUUGUGGCGACAUCCGCCGGAAACAAUGGACCUCAACUUGAAACAGUACACAAUGGAGCACCUUGGCUUUUGAAUGUUGCAGCAGGCACAAUGGACCGUGACUUUGGAGGUACAAUUACACUUAGCAAUGGAGUUUCAGUUUUGGGUUCAUCUUUAUUUCCUUUAAACAUAACCACGGGUUUGUCCCCACUCCCCAUUGUGUUCAUGGGUGGAUGUCAAAACUUGAAGAAACUCAGAAGAACUGGAUACAAGAUUGUGGUAUGUGAAGACAGCGAUGGCUAUUCCUUAACUUCGCAAGUUGAUAAUGUUCAAACUGCAAACGUUGCCUUGGGAAUUUUCAUUUCCAAUAUCUUUGAUUGGGAUAACUUAAUCCAAACACCAUUCCCCUCUAUUUUUCUCAACCCAUAUCAUGGAAACAUCAUAAAAGAUUACAUUCAUAAAAGCUCUGACCCAAAAGCAGAGGUGACGUUCCACAAGACAAUACUUAGGACAAAGCCAGCGCCAAUGGUGGCUCGUUACAGUUCAAGAGGACCAUCACAAAGCUGCCCAUUUGUGUUAAAGCCUGAUAUUAUGGCGCCCGGUGAUACCAUUUUAGCUUCAUGGCCUCAAAAUGUACCAGCCAUGGAUGUGAACUCAACCCCAAUUUACUCUAAGUUUAAUGUAAUUUCAGGAACCUCCAUGUCUUGCCCACAUGCCGCUGGGGUUGCGGCCCUUCUCAAGGGCGCACACCCUCAGUGGAGCCCCGCCGCGAUUCGGUCGGCGAUGAUGACAACGGCCGACAUAUUAGACAACACCCAAACUUAUAUCAAAGAUUUUGGCAACAACAACAAAUUUGCCACUCCUUUAGCCAUGGGGUCUGGCCAUGUUAAUCCCAACAAAGCCAUUGAUCCGGAUUUGAUUUACGACGUGGGAAUCCAAGACUAUGUAAAUGUUUUAUGUGCAUUAAACUACACGGAAAAUCAAAUCCGAAUAAUCACUCGAUCGGACUCAAACAAUUGUGAAAACCCGUCGUUGGAUUUGAACUACCCUUCUUUUAUCAUGAUUGUCAAUUCUAGUGAUUCGAAGACAAGAAAAAGAAAAAUCUCGGGAGAAUUCAAGAGGACAUUGACCAAGAUUGGAGAACAUAGAGCAACAUAUGAAGCAAAGUUGACAGGAAUGAAGGGGUUUAAAGUGAGAGUGAAGCCAAACAAACUGAAUUUCAAAAGAAAGAAUCAAAAGUUGAGUUUUGAGCUGAAAAUUGCAGGCAGUGCAAGAGAAAGCAAUAUCGUUUUUGGUUAUCUGAGUUGGGCGGAGGUCGGAGGUGGGCAUAUCAUUCAAAGUCCAAUAGUUGUCUCCGGAAUGAGACUGCAGUGAAACUAACAUAUAUCUGCAUGACAUGUGAUUAUUUUCAUAUAAUUCAUAUUGUGAAGACAUUGAAUUA